AUGGAGGAAGCAGAAGAUGACAUGACAUGUGGAGACUUGGGAAACGGACUUGGGAGAAGACCGGGAGGUGUUUAUGAAGGGGAAAACUUACAAAAUUACUAUUUAGUUAGAUCUAGGAAGGGAUCUGGAAGGGCUUGUAAUUCCCCCUUGUCAGCAAAGGCAGCAGAAGAAAGCGAUGCUGCAGCUCUUCCUGCUCCAAAACGAAACAGCUUUUACGAUGGAUCACUCAAAAAACCUGCCUCUAGUUCCACACGACAGAAUAGCUGUGAAUCUAAUACUGAAGUGUCAAAUGAAGAACUAAAGCAACAACUUCGAGAAGCUCUGGAGGAACUUGAAAUUUUGAAAGUUGAGCUUGAAGCAUCUCGAAGACAGCUUGAAGGAAAAGAUGAAGCCCUAAGAAUCCUGCAGAGCAUGGCUGUAUUUGACAAAGCCACAAGCCAUACAAAAGCAAUGCUUCAGAAAACCGAGGAGGAAAAGAGGACCCUAGAGAAGGAAAUAAAUAUCUUGCAAUGGGAAAUUGAAUUUGAUCAGGACAGAUUUAAAAACAUAGAGGACACCUGGACAGAAAAAUACGACAGGAUAUACUGUGAAAAUGCAGCUCUUAAGGAAGCAUUGAAACUGAGGACAGAAGAAGUUAAAACACUUAAAGCUGAAAAUACAAUCCUGAACCAGCAGUGCUUGGAAUUCCUUGCAAUGCUAGAUGUGAAACAGCAGAAAGUUUUUCAGGAGAACAUGUCGUUGAGCAAAAGUGACAUUACUGAUUAUACAGGUCUUGAACUGGCAGUGCUGGGAGCCUGCACCUGCAGUCCUGCUGAGGGGCAGCCCUGUCCCUGUGCCAAAGUGGCAGCUCUCACUCGGAAGCAGCUCCUGCAUCUCAAGCAAGAGGUUGAAAAUCUGAAGAAGAGCAAGGAUGAAGCAUAUAUCAUGGCAGAUGCCUUCAGAAUUGCAUUUGAGCAGCAGCUGAUGCAGAGGAAGGACCAGGCUCUGCGGCUGGCAGAAGUGAUAAAUGUGAAGAAGGAAACCAAAUUUGCAACCUGGAGACGCCUGCGAGGCACUGAGCGUGUCAAGCUCCCGGGGAACAAGAACAACCUGGGGCGGAAGCUGUCCAGCCUGCUUUCAUCAGAUGGGGACUGCAGGAAGGUGGAGGAGCUGGACAAUCCCCACGAAAUCCUGCGGAUGUUGAUAGAUCUGGUCAACGACAAGGAGGAGGCCCUGGCGCACCAGCGCAAGGUCAGCUACAUGCUGGCACGGGCAGCUGAGGCCAGGGCGGCCGGGCUGGGGCAGGAGACAGCAGGAAGGUGUCGUCUUGGAGCCCCCAGUCCCUUGGCCUCCCCUCACGCUGACGGCCGUCGCCUCCCCAUGCCAAGCCCUGCUCCCGCCCUGCCCCUCACAGCGGCGGCUGCGGAGCUCCGCAGGCCACGCUCCUGGCCCUUGGCGCUCGGGGACCGCCCCGCCCCUCCUGAGUUAAUACACGUGACUCCGCCCCUCUGUGUCAAUCACACGUACAACCCCGCCCAUUUCAACAUACCACGCCUCCCCACGCUGUCCGUCAGACGUGUGGCCCCGCCCCUUCCCCCGCCUGCGCCCCACGCCGGCCGUGGCGGGAAGCGCACGCGCAGGGUGGGGAUGGGCGCGGUCGCGACGACGUCACGCCUGGGCGUGGCCGCGCAGGCGCAUUGCGUGCAGCGGAGGGUCGAGGCCGCCGCCCGGAGCUGCCGGCGGGGCUGGGGCGGGCCCUGA